AUGGCUGCGAAGCUCGACUUUAACAAAGCUUAUGAUCGGGUUCAAUGGGAUUUUUUUAAAGCGGUUCUGCGUAAGAUGGGCUUUCAUGAUAUUUGGGUUAACUGGGUGAUGCAAUGUAUUACAACAGUUACCUUCGCUGUGGUUGUUAAUGGGGUGGUGCGAACGACCUUUAUACCUUCUAGGGGCAUUCGACAAGGGGAACCUCUCUCUCCUUAUCUAUUCUUACUGGUGAUUGAGGUGCUAUCCAAACUACUUCAAAAAAGUUUGGCAGCAGGAAAGUUCUCAGGCAUUAAGAUCAGUCGAGGGUGCCCAGUGCUUUCACACCUCUUCUUUGCCGAUGAUGCUCUUUUAUUUUUCAAAGCGAAUGUGGCUCACUGUAUUCGUUGGGCAGCGUGGGACAAACUAACAAUGCCUAAACUCCAAGGCGGAAUGGGUUUCCGCGAUUUUCGCUCUUUUAAUAGAGCUCUGCUAGCUCAUCAAGGGUGGCGGCUCAGUCAGUUUCCUAACUCCUUCUGUGCUCAAAUCUUCAAGGGUCGGUAUUACCCUCAGUCAAAUUUUUGGACUGCCAGAAAAGGUCCGUGGGCAUCAUGGGCGUGGACCAGUCUUCUGGUGGGUCGAGAGGUGUUAAAGAGAGGGGUCAGAUGGCAAGUGUUUAAUGGGAAAUCCAUUAAUUUCUGGAAUGAUAAAUGGGUAACUUUCUCUCCAAACUUCUGUGUCAAAUCUCAGAAACCUUUGGGAUGUCAGCUAACGAAAGUGAGUGAGGCAAUUAACCACAAUACCAACUACUGGAAUGUAAAUGUGCUGCAGAGUGUGAUCUCAAAGGAUAAGGUUGAUAAGAUUUGUUUGAUUCCAAUUGUGACUGAGCCUCAAGAUGAUCGUCUCAUUUGGCAUCAUGAUCCGAAAGGACUCUACUCAGUUAAGUCCGAAUACCGGGUGGCAGUCACGGAAUCAGUGCACCAAUCCGAAACUCGACCAUCAUCCUCAUUUCAGAUGCCCGAGCAAGUUUGGAAAUUCUUGUGGGCCCUUCCAAUACCUCAAAAGCUCCGGAACUUCUGGUGCGCGGGUAAUUGGUUGGCUUGGCAUAUAUGGAAGUGUCGGAAUGACAUGGUUUUCAACCAGCAGCCCAUCGACCCUCUCUCUGUCAUAUUUCGAGCAGCCAAGGACUCAUGUGAAUAUGCUUCGGCACUACGGGCCUCUUAUUCUACUCCCUCUCGGCUGAAUUCCCAUCGAACUUCGGAUCGAGUGUGGAUUCCUCCUCGGCAAGGCAGCUUCAAAGCAAACUGUGAUGUUGCACUCAGGCCUGGAACCUCCAGAGCUUCAAUGGCGGUGAUUUUCCGUAACAGUAGUGGCUCGGUAAUGGAAGGAGCAGCUCGCUUUGAGGAUGUAGGCUCAAUUUUGCAGGGUGAAGCGUUGGCAAUUCGUUGGGUAUGA